AUGAUGGUAUUGACUGAUUUUGAUGAAGAAAACGAUGAUAAUGAUUCUUUCAUGUUCCGAAAUACAUGCAUGUGCGGAAGUGGCAAAGGCGGUGAAUCAAAAAGGACGCGACAAACAUAUAGUAGAAAUCAAACGUUAGAACUUGAAAAGGAAUUUCAUUAUAAUAAAUAUUUAACGCGAAAAAGGCGACAGGAAAUUUCGGAAAGUUUGCAAUUAUCCGAACGACAGGUAAAAAUAUGGUUCCAGAAUAGGCGAAUGAAGCACAAAAAGGAAUGUAAAGGUGAAGUAACAACAGUAAAUGAAAGCGAUGAAAGUGCCGAUGAACAGAUACCAACGUGA